AGUUGGCUGCUGUUGAGCGUGUUGUUUUUGGUGCCGGUCAAACAAAUUCGCCUGCCGAAAUGAAUCUCUUCGAGGAGCUAGAUACAUUGGAUCCCAGCUCAAAAGUUGUGCCUCCACGCAUUGAGACGCCAACGCCCCACAAAAUCGCCGUACUGAUUCUGCUAAAGCAGUAUGUUAAGGACAAGAGCAAUUCUUUGGACACCGGCAUUGCGAUGCGCCCACAGGCGCGCCGCAUGUUCUGUAUGCUGAUGUUCAAGCUGGUGCAAGAGGCCGACAUGCCCUACAAUGAACUACACAAUCUGCUCACCACGCGACCCUACAAACUGGAAACCCUGAUGCUCGAAUCCUUUGAGAAGGCUAUGUCCGAGUUUUGUGGCACGGCAAGCAUCGAGGCACUGUUCGACUUUGCCGAUAUGCAGAACAUCGAUACGUUGCAUCAUGCCGAUCUUGGUGUCAGUCAGUUCAGUAUGGUGGGUAUCUAUGUGCGUCGCAUUGCCGUUGUCCUGCAGCGUUUCACGUUCGCUGAGAUGAUGCACAUGUAUCGCAACAUUUGUGCGUAUUACGAGAAGGGCAUACGUGCACUGGCAAUUGGGCCACGCAAGCCCGUUGCCGGCGGUGUGUUGCAUCGCACACAUUCCCCGCCAGCGCCACCACCACCGCCUGCCACUGGAGCUGGCGAUGCUGCUGUCGUCACACAAGUGAAAAAGGAGGACACAGAGUUAUGCACUUUAGAGCGCAAUGCGCUAUGCAAAUGGGCACCCAAACAGGCGAAGUUCUUCAUUAACAAGCAGUCGGAUUUGCUUGAUCACGACGAAAGCAGCGCACUGUCGCCAAAGCAGCUAGAACGCAAAGUACAGGAGAUCAUACAGGAUUUGCCCCUAAACACCACAGCUUAUUUCCUGGGCUACAUGAAUCAGUUGCGUGUCCGAGAUUAUUACAAUGCCCUAAAGGCGCUGCAUCGUGCGCUGGAUCGCUCGCCGGUGCGCCUGAUGAGCCAGGAGAAGGGCUAUCAGUAUUUCUGCAUCAAUCUGGCCGUAUUGCAUGCCACCUUCGGACAUCGUGACGAGGCACUUGCAGCGCUACGUGAAAGCAUUAUGUUAGCCCAAGAGCAUGGCGACAAGCGCAGCCUGAAUCUGGCCAACACCUGGCAUUGUCUACUGCGCAACGAGUUGCCGCUGUCUUAUGUACAACGCAGUGUCGCAGACAUCAGCGAUGCCGAUGGAAAUCUGCUGCAGAAUUACACACUAGCUUUGCACUUUGCGGUUAAGCUGGGCACUGUGGCCGGCUAUCAACCGUUGCGUUUGUUCGAUCUGCUGCAGCACAGCGAUCAUCUGACCAAUCGAAACAAUCUGGCCAAUCAUGCAUCCGAAGCCUUGGCGCUACGCAGCGCUGUCUGGUGCGCCUACGGACGUCACGAGCUGUCGGCCCUCUAUGCCCAGCUGCUGUUGUCGGUGCGCGAUCGCUUCAAUAGUCAUGGAGCCGCUGGCACAGGCAGCGCUUUGGCCAGCUUUGCGCUGUGGCUGCAACUCCAAGGGGAGUUGCGUUUAGCACGCGUUCUGCUGCAACGCGCUUGCCAGCAACUGCCUCGCAUGCCGGGCGCCGAGUGCUGGAUGAUCAGUCAGUGUCAUGUGAUCAUACAAUCGGGCAUCUAUCGUUGCCGUUGGCACGAUGCGCUCAAGGCCUGCGAUCAGUUGCAUCUGUUGGAUGCCGCGGGUGCCAUGCAACAGCGCGCUGCCAUCUAUGUGGCAAAGCGGGAGUUUUACAAUGCACGACGACUGCUAGACAAGUUGGCUGCUCGGCCGGAGUUGCCGUUUUUGGUACGCAUGCGUGUCCAGGUGCUGUUGGCGUAUUGCAGUUUAGCCGAGGGACGUUUUGCCAGCGAGGCGGUGACGUUGCUGUUGCGUGUGGCCGAGGAUAUGGCCGAUGCACAAAUGGAUUACGAGCUGGCGUUGGUUGACAUGCUGUUGGCUCAAGUCCUGCUGUUGCUGGGCAUGCCGCAGAAGGCCUAUCAGGCCAUCAAACGGAGCAUGGAUGACAUACACAUCAACGGCGGGUUGUAUGAGCGUGCCAAAACUGACUUUGUGUUUGUGCGCUGUCUGUUGGCCAUCACAGCGCUGGAGGCACGCAAGGCACAGUUGCUCAAAUCGCUGGAGAUACUCGAGCGUGCCGCACAAUCCUUUAAGAAGCUGUCGGCGCAUGCCAAGGUUCUCGAUGUCUAUGUGUUUCUGGCGCAACGUUUCAACGAAUUUGGCGAGCGAGGACUGCGCAACAAGUAUGCUGGAGAAUUCCGGCGCUAUUUCAUGAAUCAUCCUAUACCGCGAGAGUAUCUCGGUGGACUGUAG